UUCCUUAUCCGGGCCGGGAGAGACAGAGCAGUUUUUGGGCGGGUCUCGUGUAUACUGCUUCUCCGGGCACCGAGGACCCUGCUGAUCCCGAGAUGCGGGAGGCACAGAGCCGUCACCUGGUCUGAUCAUCCCCGCCGCUCCCGGGCUGUGCCCGCCACCCACCCAUGGGAUGAUGAGGCGGAAGAGAUCGCGGGGUACAGCUGCCACUGGCCGAGGUAUGAGACGCUGCUCCCGGCGGGAUGGCUAGCGGCGGCUCCGGUUCCGCCCGGUCUUCUGUGCCCUCUGGAGCGGCCCCAGGGGGCUCCCAGCCCCGCAAGAAGCUACUGACGAUCUGUGACCAGUGCAAGGCCAGGAUGCAGCUGGUGGCUGACCUGCUCCUGCUGUCCAGCGAGCCCCGGCCUGUCCGGACUGAGAGCUGUGCCCAGCUGGGGGAGGCCUUCGAGAAGUGCCGGGACACGGUCAUUGCCCGGACCAAAGGACUGUCCAUCCUCACCCAUGACGUCCAGAGCCAGCUCAACAUGGGCCGCUUCACCGAGGUGGGGGAGAGCCUGCAGGAGAUGGUGGACCUGGUGGUCUCUCUCAUUGAGCUGUCUGCCCAUGCCGCAUACCUGGCAGCGGUGGAGGUGCCCGGUGCCCAGUCUGCGCUGCCUGGCUUGGUGGAUCGCUACAAGGUGACUCGGUGCCGCCAUGAGGUGGAGCAGAACUGUGCUAUCCUCAGGACGGUCCCCCUACAGGACCUGACACCCCAGCUCCUGCUGGAAGUCUCCCAGAACCUGUCCACUAACCUCAAAACCCUCACGGAUGCCAGCGUGGCCGCCAGCGAGAAGUCCAGGGAUAAAUUUGCUAAGGAACAGUUUAAGCUUGGGGUGAAGUGUAUGAGCACCAGUGCCACCGCUCUCCUGGCCUGCAUCAAGGAGGUAAAGACUUCCCCGAGUGACCUCUCCAGAAACCGCUGUGCCCUCUUCAGUGGUCCCUUGGUGCAGGCGGUCCAUGCCUUGGUGGGCUUUGCCACCGAGCCUCAAUUCCUGGGCAAAGCUGCCAUUCUGAACGCAGAGGGCAAAGCGGUGCAGACGGCCAUCUUGGGGGGUGCCAUGAGUGUGGUGUCUGCCUGCGUUCUCCUGACCCAAUGCCUCAGGGAUAUAGCCCAGCACUCGGACAGCAGCAGCAAGAUGACGGACUACAAGGAGCGCUUGAGGAGCUCGGCUUGUGCGGUGUCUGAUGGCUGCAACCUGUUAUCUCAGGCCCUGCGAGAGCGCUCGUCUCCUAGAACUCUUCCGCCAGUACACUCCAAUUCUGUGAAAUCGCCCUAAAUGUGCCCUUCCCUCACUUUUACCAAAGAGUAGUCCGAGGAAACGACCCUUUCUCCCAUCUCGACAGAGGCCUCCAUGUAUGAAAGGAUCAUACUUGGGCUGUCGCACGCUCCAGGUGCUAGAUAUUGAAAAUGAUUUCGCCUUGACAUAUUUAGUGAUGAUAUUUAAAGCUGUGGGUGGAGGAGAAGUGAAGUUAUUGGUGCCAGCGCUGCUAUGAGGGUGCUGUGCCACCUGUUCUAUAGCAAGGCUUUCAUAUGUAGAAGGCCGGUUUGCACAUUGCUGCCCCCAGUGACGUGAUGGCACUCGGUACCUAACCUGCUAUACAUCCCAGACCCCAGUGUCACUUUACUGGCGAGGGGGCAUACACGAAUACAGAACUGUAUGCAUCGUGUGCCCAGCUCAUCCGUGGCCCUAGUGGUUACAUAGCGAUCAGUUCAUGCGGCUUAUCAAAGGGUGAGCUCUGUGGCAGUGUAUAGCAAGACCUGUGGUGGUCCGGUCCAAGAGAUCUCUCGGGGACCACUGUCUGACAAGGUCACUUAUCGAGUUGGGGGCUGGUGGUCCCAUUGACUUUAUAUGAUCAGAAGAAAAUAGACUGGAUCAGCCGACAAAAGUCUAUGGGCCGCCAUUGUAGGAGCGAGGUUCACUUCACGUUAGUCGAUGGUCCAUGUCAGUCCCUAAAUAAUGAGCAAUGUGUAAACUGAGCCUUACUGAUCCGGCAGUCGGAUGACAGGAGGGUGGGGGAUCUGUGACCGUCUAGAUUUUGGGACAAGCGAACAAAUGUUAGCAUUUUUCUUUAUUAAAAUCUCUUGGUUACAGUGCUGCAUAUUCUGUUCAUUUGGACUUCCUAACCUGUAAGGAAAUGGUUAAUCUGGUCCCUACGAAAUCAUAUGGGUAAUAUAAAUUUUCUGCAGUACUGAUUUCUGUCCUUGGGUAAGCAGCAGUCUUCAUGAAAGUAAUAACCUUUUAGUGCCUGCAACCAUGUGAAGCCUUGGGGUAUUUUAUUUUUUGUUUUAAAUAUGACAUUUUUAUUUUUU